GAGCGGCACGUGACAUGGAGGAGGCGGGGACGGGAAGGGAAAGGUCAGCGGCGACGCCGGCGGCGGGGGGAGCGGAAGGUCAGGGCGGCGCGGAGCGGAAGUGGGAGCCGGAGCCUCGUCCGCCAUUGUGGGGAAGCGGAGCCCAGAGCAAGGGGGGGGAAGCGGCGCUGCGUCCGGCCGGCCGGCUCCUUCCAGCGGGAACCCGAUCGGCGGCGGCGGCGGCAGCAGCGAGCCCAGGCGGCAGCGGCGACAAGUCAGGCGGCGGCGGCGGGGAGGAGGCGGCGGAGGCGAGCGAGCGGCCCCGGCGUGCGGAAUCACUCGAGGCCCAAGCGGAGCGGAGCGAGGGGAUCGCGGCUCCCCGUGAAGAAUGUCAGCCACCAGCGUCGACCAGAGACCUAAAGGACAGGGAAAUAAAGUUUCAGUACAAAACGGUUCGAUUCAUCAAAAGGAUGCAGUAAAUGAUGAUGAUUUUGAGCCAUAUCUAAGUAGUCAGACAAAUCAGAGUAACAGCUAUCCACCAAUGUCAGACCCAUACAUGCCUAGCUAUUAUGCUCCUUCCAUUGGAUUUCCAUACUCUUUAGGUGAAGCAGCAUGGUCAACUGCAGGUGACCCUCCAAUGCCAUAUUUGACAACUUAUGGACAGAUGAGCAAUGGUGAACACCAUUACAUACCUGAUGGUGUAUUUAGUCAACCUGGGGCAUUAGGAAAUACCCCUCCAUUUCUUGGGCAGCAUGGAUUUAAUUUUUUUCCUGGGAAUGCAGACUUCUCUACAUGGGGGACAAGUGGAUCUCAGGGACAAUCAACGCAAAGCUCUGCUUACAGCAGCAGCUAUGGCUAUCCACCUAGUUCUCUUGGGAGAGCCAUAGCAGAUGGACAGGCUGGAUUUGGCAGCGAUACUCUGAGCAAGGUGCCUGGGAUUAGCAGCAUUGAGCAAGGCAUGACUGGACUGAAAAUUGGUGGAGAUAUGACGGCUGCUGUAACAAAAACUGUAGGUUCAGCUCUGAGCAGUACAGGUAUGACAAGCAUUGCAGCUAACAGUGUGCCCCCAGUUAGCAGUUCAGCACCUAAACCAACCUCAUGGGCUGCAAUUGCAAGGAAACCUGCUAAACCUCAGCCGAAACUCAAGCCUAAAGGUAAUGUGGGCAUUGGGGGCCCUGCUGUGCCGCCGCCACCUAUAAAACACAACAUGAAUAUUGGAACUUGGGAUGACAAAGGGUCAGUGGUAAAAGCUCCCCCAGCUCAACCAGUACUGCCUCCUCAGACUAUAAUCCAGCAGCCUCAGCCAUUAAUUCAACCACCACCACUGGUGCAAAGCCAACUGCCUCAACAGCAGCCUCAGCCACAGCAACCACAACAGCAACAAGGACCUCAGCAGCAGGCCCAGCCUCACCAGUUGCAGCAGCAACAGCUGCAAAACCGCUGGGUAGCUCCUCGUAAUAGGGGUGUGGGCUUCAGCCAGAACAAUGGAGCUGGUAGUGAGAACUUUGGUUUAGGUGUUGUGUCCGUCAGCUCCUCGCCUUCUGGUGUGGAAGUGCACCCAGUGCUGGAGAAACUAAAGGCCAUAAACAACUACAAUCCCAAAGACUUCGAUUGGAAUCUGAAGAACGGACGUGUGUUUAUAAUCAAAAGUUAUUCAGAGGACGAUAUUCAUCGCUCCAUUAAGUACUCUAUCUGGUGUAGUACUGAGCAUGGGAAUAAGCGCUUGGAUGCUGCUUACCGGUCCCUGAAUGGCAAAGGCCCACUCUAUUUACUCUUCAGUGUGAAUGGCAGUGGACACUUUUGCGGAGUGGCUGAGAUGAAGUCUGUUGUGGACUACAAUGCAUAUGCUGGUGUCUGGUCUCAGGAUAAGUGGAAGGGGAAGUUUGAUGUCAAAUGGAUCUUUGUCAAAGACGUUCCCAAUAACCAACUGCGACAUAUUCGCUUGGAAAACAAUGACAACAAACCAGUUACCAAUUCGAGGGACACUCAAGAGGUACCCCUAGAAAAAGCCAAGCAAGUGCUUAAAAUAAUUGCUACUUUCAAGCAUACCACCUCAAUCUUUGAUGACUUUGCACAUUACGAGAAGCGUCAAGAGGAGGAGGAAGCCAUGCGUAGGGAGAGAAAUAGAAACAAACAAUAACUAUAUGGAGAUGUCCUGCUAGAAUACAACACUAAUGAUGUAGACUCUGGAAAUGCCUAAUAUGUCUAAGAAGACGUUAUUAAAGCUUUUUUCUGCUUAAGGUGACAUCUUUGAACACUUUAACACGAAAUUGACUCUUCUUGUAAUGGUUCUCAUCAGUGCAUCUGCCCUUAUACUCUCUCACCAAACACACUUGAGAACUGUACCUUCGUCAAGCACUUUCUGUCCUGAAGCUUUUACCAGUAUCUGCUGUCUUUUGUAUUUAUGCAUCCUAGCUAAGGCACAGGAGACCGAACGAAUGCAAGGAUUCAUUAACUCUUUGAAUUUGUUAAAUACUAACAUUUAACCAUUAGAAGUGGUUCAAUGAUGUGAGAUUCACAUUGCUUCAACUUAAUUUUUUCUUUGUUGUAGUUUUUUUAAUUGUCAGUUUUUAGCUAUUCAACAGAUUAAAAGCAAAUCAUGCCAUAUUUAGUCCUGGAGUAAAACUCAAGUCUAAAUGUUCAUGUGAAAAUUAUUGUAGUAAUCUUUUAAUAUGGCAAAGCAACUUUAAGCUGCAGUUUAGCCAAAUGAAUCGUAACAGGAAAUUAUAAUAGAAUGACAUUUCCCUUGUUUCAAACUGUUUGGUGUAAGAGAAUAUUAAUAUGCAGCUUGGUGGACACCACCAGUUAAUGCACAUUUCUUUAUUUUUUUUUCUGUAACAUGUAUACUGAAAAAAGUGCAUUUGUCUGAGGAACUGUUUGUUUGCUACCACUCAAUGAAUCUCAGUUUUGAGUAAAUGUACCUCAGUCUAAAUCAGACUUUUUAUGACCUUUAUAACUACAUUUAAAAUAAUCUUUAAUUCCUAUUUCUGGGUGUUUGCAAGCCUGACAGAUUGCUAUCAUGAAAGUGAAAAUUUACUCCUCUAGGUGAUUCACUAGCUAAAUAAACAUAAUUCUUGUUUAGCAAGCAUA